UACAAUGCUUUAAACAGAAAUCUUUCGGAGACCAAGUAAAUAGCACGUACUAAGCACUAAGCGGUUUCAAGUACAUCACAUACAUUCGCCGACGUCGUUAGUUCGCUAGUUCUUGGGGGAAAAUCACAAACGCAAACGGAAAUGUAUAAACGUCGCUCUAAUAACAACAAUGUGAUUGAAAAUGAUGCCGAUGCAUCAUCGAAGAACAACACCCCAAAUGGGGUGGGCGACAGCAUAAAAACAUUGUCCAAUAAGGACCAGGAGCGUACAAAUCCCAUGGUCUAUGUUAUUUUCAUAUCGCUUCUAUUUGACUUGUUGGCAUUUACCAUUAUUCUGCCAUUGCUGCCUUCUUUACUGGAAUACUUUAAGAACAAUGAUAGUUCAGGACUGUAUGCAGUGCUGACGGAGCGCAUCAAAUGGUUCCAAGAAUUGGUGGGUGCUCCGGACCGUUUUAAUUCUGUUUUAUUUGGAGGUCUUCUGGGGUCCAUGUUCAGCUUUUUGCAAUUCGUUGCUAGUCCGAUUGUGGGAGGGCUUUCGGAUUACUAUGGUCGCAAACCGGUUAUCCUAACGUGUGCGACCGGUAUUGCCUUGUCUUAUUUACUGUGGGCUUUUUCACGCAAUUUUGCGGUUUUCGUUUUGGCACGUUUUGUUGGAGGUCUAAGCAAGGGCAAUAUUUCCUUGUGCAUGUCCAUCAUCACAGAUGUUUCCAGUGGGAAGACUAGAGGACGAGGCAUGGCUCUUGUUGGAGUGGCAUUUUCAUUGGGAUUCAUAGUUGGCCCCAUGAUUGGAGCCUUGUUUGCCAUAUUUUCAAACAAAUCGGCUGGACCUUGGUUUGUAUUGCCAUCUCUGCUUGCAUUUGGCCUGGCCAUGGGUGAUCUUUUAGUACUGGUAUUUUGUUUAAAGGAGACUUUGCCAAAGGAGAAGCGUGUUAAGGAAAUAUCAUCUUCUAUGACGUAUGCUUGGCAAUUGAUAAAUGUCUCCUCCAUUUUUAGAUUUGCUACCAUCAAAAAUGUUCCCCAAAAGGAAAUCAAAUCUUUGCAAACUAUUGGACUCAUCUACUUUAUCUACUUAUUUCUAUAUUCCGGUUUGGAAUUUACUGUAACAUUUUUAAUGUACCAUAAAUUUGGUUAUACUUCAAUGGAUCAGGCAAAAAUGUUUUUAACAACCGGAAUUGUAAUGACCUUACUACAGGGCUCUGUUGUGAGACGUCUUCCGGAAAAAGAUAUUAAGAAUUAUGCUGUCUUGAGUUUGUAUAUAUUGGUUCCUGCAUUUAUGUUGGUGGGCGUAGCGCAUUGUUCAUGUUUGCUAUAUAUGGGCAUGAUUCUGUAUGCCAUCUCAACCGCCUUUACCGUUACUUGCCUUACGACACUGGUCUCAAAAUACGGCAACGAUGACCAGAAGGGUUCAGUUUUGGGCAUUUUCAGAUCAUUGGGUGCUUUAGCACGCGCUGUUGGUCCCGUGGUUGGAUCAAUAGCAUUCUGGUGCAUAGGUUCAAAAAUGACCUACGUUAUUGGCGGCCUUUUGUUAUUGAUUCCGUCGUAUGUGUUGCAAAAAACUCAACUUGCUUAAUUAUUUAUUUAUUUAUUUCCCAAUGUAUUAUUUAAAUACAUUUUAAAAAUCAUUAUGUAUUAUAUACAAAUAUUUUUCAUGUUGUAUCAUGUACUUACCACAUACUCGUAUAUUUACAAUGUCCCUUUUUUUAAAAAAAGUAGAAAAUACAAAAAUUAUUUUUAUACAGA